AUGACACGCCAACCUGAGAUUGGAGAAAUCCCUAACGCCGUCAAGGAUGAUAUCAAAGCACUGGAAAAGGAGCUGGAUGCCGCUGAAGUCGAGGUGGCCAGGUACAUGGCGAAAUUGCACGCGCCAAUUUUGAAGAAGCGGGAAGACAUUCUCGCGAAAAUCGAAGGGUUCUGGCCGCAGGCGCUAACGAACUGCGUGUCGACGAACGUGUACAUUGACGACGAAGACCACCCACUGCUGGACCACCUGACGAAGAUCGAUGUGCAACGCGACGUGAACGACCCACGCGCUGCGAAGAUUGAGUUCCACUUCUCACCAAACGAGUAUAUUAAUGACCAAGUUCUCGUGAAGGAGUUCAAGCUGUCGCCUGAAGCAGGCGAGCAGUCAGCACAGUUCGACUUUGCCACUGACACUGUGCCUGUGAAGACGAGCAUUGCAUGGAAAUCAGAUGACGUCAACUUGGCUAAGAAGAAGCCUACCACGGGCAACAUCGGCACUGGCAAGGAGGGCGAAAAUGGUGCCAAUGACGGCGAAGAUGCUGAAGGCUUGGAAGAAGAAGACGACGACUUUGAGCCUGGCUCGUUCUUCUCGAGCUUCUUCGAGAAUGAGAACCCUCAGAUUGCCGGCAGCAUAGGUCGUGCUAUUGUGGAAGACCUGUUCCCCAAUGCCGUGCACCACUAUGAGGUGCCUGCGCUUUUUGAUGAAGACGAUGAAGACGAGGACGAAGACGAGGAGGAUGAGGAUGACGAAGAAGAUGAAGAUGACGGUGACAAGGAGAUUGACUUGGAAGAAGAGGAGAAGCGGCCAUCCAAGAAGCCCCGCAAGUAG